GAGCAGCGGACACGGACAGCGAUGGAGAAAGAUUUCUAGCAAUCAACAUUUCGGUCAGGCCAUCGCUUCAAGCUAUUAAUUGACUACUUACUGUUCGAAGUACCCUACCACCACUCCAUGCUUUGGCGUUACGAUUAAUUAGAUUCCCCUCUUUUAUGCAUUGGCGUCUUCUAUUACGGCCGGGUUCAAUUAGCAACCAAGUCGCGCAAAGGAGUUGCCCUCGACUUUUGCUCCGCCUCUUCAACCUUUCCGCAUGACCCUGUCCUCAUUACACUGUUCAGCACAUCGGUUCCCCGACCAGCACAACAUUCUUUCGGGGCAUGCUCGAGCGUGCAUCGUCAUGCGUUGAGCCAGUAUCUCAAGUCCUCCUCCGCCGAUUCGAGCCUCCCAUUCGAAGCCGCCGUAUCCUUGGGCCGUCGUUCUGGAAGAAUGGCACAGAUGAGCUCGCAGUGGCUCCCUGGUGGCCUCUAUACUUGGAUAACAUUAGGGGAAAGGAUGGAUGUCGGCCGGGAACUGUACAGGAACGGCCAUGUGUUAGGUCCCGUCGUGCUGUUACAAGGCCAAGCUCUGGCCGGAGUCGUCCCUUAUCCUUGACCCCGGGGCCGCCACCCUAUUCCUGUCCACCUGAGAGCCUGUCGCGGGCAUACACAAAUCAUUCAAGUUACGAGAAGAUGAAUCCGGGCUCAAGACAGCUGAAUACCAACGCGCUAGCGGUCAGACCGAGUUACGACACCGAGGGACCGAAGUCACCAGAUAUGCGUGGUCAGGACAUCUCGUCAAUUAGUAAUGGGGGUCUAUUGGACGAAGAUACUGGCAAGACGGUUGCUGGGCGGGAAAGCCAUUCACUCGAGGCCAUAGAUUCGCGUGCGGAUACCGCCUCUCCUACAAAUCGCGAUCUGAAACCACUGGACAUCCGGUCCUCUCGCCCCUUGGAAGACACUGAAGAGAUGCUUCAGCAAAUCCUGGACGGUCGCGAAGCUCCGGUACUCGAUCCGAAGGGAACGAACUUGUUUGAGACAGUCUGGGCUUUUUUCAAGCGACUACCCAACCAGGAGGCAUACGCAGCAAGAGUAUUCUAUUUCAUGUCAAAAUCCACGUCACACCAAGAUCUCAAGCUCGCUCUGCGAGCCUUCAACAUUAUCCCACACGAGAAACGAACCGUAGCACACUACGAGCGUGCUGCUCGAACGGCCAUUCAGCGCAACGACUAUCGAUCGGCAAUAUCGAUUAAUGCAGAAGCGACCGCCCGUCAUUUGAAUCAAGAGUGCAGCACGUUUCUCUUGUUGCAUACGGCAUCGAAUCAGCUAUGGAAAGCUGCGGCGCAAGUCUGGUCGACGUCCUUUGAACCCCUGACACGAAACCGUCAAAGACUGUCUGUUUCGGCCAUUGGCAAGAUGCUUCUGGAGCAGGUAGAUCGAUACCAGAAUUUGCCCUUGGCCGUAUCCAAUCUUGCAAGGGAAAUCAUCGAUCGGCGAGCGGUAGUCAUGCACCAAGCUGGACUUCUCAUGCAUUUAGGACGCGAGCUCUUGCAUGUUCUGGUCCAAAGUGGCAGACAGAUGAGCUUAGUUGACCCGGAGAUGUUGGUUUCGACAUUUGAACAUUAUAGGCAACUCAAGUUGUUAAAUCCGACUGUCCAUCUGCAUGCCGUCAAUACGCUUCUGAAAUCGGUGAACAGACUGCAUCGGGGCAAGUCGGUUGGGUUCAUUUACCAUCAUCUUCGGAGCAAAUACCCUGAUUUCCAGCCACCUCCGUCCCUAUAUGGCUCGAUUUUGUCUAUUCUGGCUCAGGAAGGUGCCCCUUCCGAGGUGCACUUGUACUACUUGCGCCAGUUUGCUCACCUGCACGGGGCAGCCGACAAGAUUAGCUAUCAGAAAGUCCUCACGGCCCUCGCUGCUCAGGGGGACGUUGACGGUACCCAGGCCGUGUUUAUCGAGCUAUGCAAAGUCCACUCGCGGCCUACCGAUAUUGCCUAUUUUACCCCGCUUCUAUACGCGUAUGCCCGGUUGGGCGACAUUGAAGGCACUGAACGGGAGUUCCAACGUUUGAAGGACUGGGGACUGCAACCGACCUUGUAUUGCUGGAACAUACUUCUCUACGCUUACGCAAGGUCGGCCCAUUCUGGGAAGGCCUUUGAUAUAUUCGAGACUAUGAAGGCUCAGGGCUUACGUCCUGACGUGUAUACCUUUGGGACUCUGAUGGGAAUAGUCUCCAAAGCCGGUGACAUUGAAGCUGUUGUGGACAUUAUUGAACAGGCACAACAAUACCAUAUCAAGGGCAGCUACGAAAUGAUCUCCGGGCUAGUGCAAUCCUACUGUCUCAAUGAUCAAGCAGACGUUGCCGAAAGGCUCGCAGAAGUCACCACCAAGGCUAGUUUCGAGGGCGAGCCAGUCAAGAUGUGGAACUACCUACUCAGACAUUAUGCGUUUCAGUCCGAUUCAGAGGGAGUUGUCCGAGUUCAAGAAAGGAUGAAUGCUUUGGGCGUGAAACCCGAUGACAUGACCUAUGCAGCUCUGAUGGCCGCGCUCGUUGUCAUUGGCAAGACCAGCGAUGCUGCCCAGAUUCUGAAAAGUCUUAACACGAGUCGGACACUCGCCGCCACCGCUUUUCAUUACUCCAUUGUACUGCAAGGUUAUGUCCAGGAAGGAAAUCGGAAGAUGGCCGAAGAGGUUUACAAGGAAAUGUUGGAAACUUUUCCAAGACUCACUCCUAGCGCACGUCUUGCUAUGCUCCACCUACAAGGUCUACAAAGCGUCAAUGCGGAGAAGUCGUUCUUGGAUGCCAAUGACUAUCUGGGAACACUUCUGCAUGAACUGGCCAGCGAGGACCGGGCGACCAAGCACCCUCAGCCAGGGUUCGGCCGGCGCAGUCCCGUACAUGCACUGCCUUCCAUCUACGUGGAAUUCAUGGCCAGUAUUCUAGCUUCCACGGGCAAGACUGGGCAAGCGGAUAAGCUUCUUCAGAAGUUUGACUCUCUGUCGCAGUCAUCAUACCUCGGCCGUGAUCGAGGUUCUGAAGAUUCAAUCGAUCUUCUAACCACACGCCUGAUCAUUUCAACUCAUCGACAUGAUUGGGAAACAGUGGAAAGAACCUGGAAGCAAAUAUUGGACCGGGCAUUGGAUGCAGCAAGUCCUCACUCUAUCAAACGAAAGGUGACUCCUCCUAAGAAUCAGAUUGAGCAACCUUCUCCGACAACUCAGGACACGGCAAUUGGAUUGGAUCUUAUCGGCGGCUCCGACUUUGCAUUUACCUCUAUGAUUCCUACCAGCUCUUCUUCCGGCAGCUCCUCUGUCAGUCCUUCACUUGAUCGACCUGGCCUCAAGGUGUUGUUCUCUCAGAGAUUUAUACUCGAAGCUCCCAUUACGAGAUACUUGCGUGCUCUUGAGCUUCAGAAGCAUUACCAGCAUGCCACCGACCUCGUUGAGAAAUUGCAGAAAGUUGGGUUUGCCCUCACCAGCAGAAACUGGAAUUUCUACAUUCAGAUGCUGACCAGAUCGCCUGAUCCAAAUCACUGGAUCCUCGCUUUCAAAACAUUUGAAGAGAAAUUCCUGCCCAACACACCGCCUUGGCGUCAUCUUCGCGCUGGGAAAUGGUCAACACCGUCAUCUGCAAAGACCUCUACAACGGAUGCAGUCGUAAUAGCCCGUCGCAGGACUCUGGAAAAGCUUGACCGCGGCCACCUUAUGCCAACCUAUGUUACUGCAGUGCAUCUUGCGGCCAAUCUACUCGAAUCCAAUCGUCGCGCCGCUCACGGCGAUGUAUCCAUUAAUGUCGAUCUGUGGAGGAGCUCGCCCGGAACUUACCGAUAUAUUCGACGGAUUCCUCGGUCCAAGGACCGUAUCCAGGGUGGGGUUCUUCGGGGAAGAAAUAUUCUUGGUGACCUUCAGAAGCCAUUGCGUCGAGCUACCCACAAAAGCAAUCCUAAGGGACCCGAUACUACCAUUACGGCGUCUGAGCCAGGAAAAGCAGUCGAGCACAAGAUCGCGCACGCUGAAGAAAAGUAUGAAUGGCUUCCCCGAGAUGUGAUGAAAGCGAAGGCAAAGUCGAAGAAAAGAGUCGAAUUACCUCCAACCAGUGGGGCUUUGUACGACACUCUUGACCGACGUCUUGAAAAGCGGGCUGAAGCGCAACGGAAGGGCCGAGAGGAACGAAGGGCUAUGUUGGACGACGCUACCCGGCACCGAACGGGUGCGAAGUUCAGCAUCAGGAAACUUGCUGCGGUUCUGCCGAGGGACAUGAAACACUCUUCUGAGACGUUGCGUAACGAUCUCGAUGGGCAAGAGGUGCUUGCGGAAUCUGAUGAAGCGCAAGUACCACGGACCCCAAGAGAGUCGGCUCCUGUCACCCGACGAGAAGUGAAAUGAAGUCUGUAUGAAGCGCAUUUUGAUCCAUCUUGGGUCUGGCAAUGAAUUGAACAGAUGAACGAUACGUGUGCAGUGAGCACUGGGUAUUUGCUCUUCGACAGCCUCUCACCUGACGAGAGCAAAAGUUUCAGAGGACGGGUAUAGAUGAAUUGCUAAGUCGUGCUUGAGGAUGACGACGGUUUGUGGAUGGUAUAGAAUGGAGUGAACCUUUCAAACGCUCCUUGACGAGAAAAGGGCCGACUCGAUGAUGAGACAAAUAUCAUGCAUGACCAGGAGAAGCGUCAAGCGACAGACAGCUUGGUACUUGUUAUGCUAUCAGCAUGUUCAGACAGUGCAGUCACUGGUAACGGGAGGUAUCUACAGUAUGUACCUUAUGCCGGAUCCGGCAGCGGCACCGCAAACAAUAUAUUUAUAUCAACUCUCAUA